CAAAGAUCGCACCGCCUGUCUGACCCAUGAAACUCAUCUUCCGAGAUGGCGAGUGAGCAUCUCCGGGUCGUGACCGAGGCCGUGCUGCGGACGCCCGAGCUGCCCGAGCCGCCGGUGCCGGAGCCGCCGAAAUGGAAGGCGAAGGGCUCGAUCAAAACCAAGCUCCAUGCGGUGCAGACGUACCUCAACGCGCUCGAGUACAACUACACGGGGAAGCUCUACUUUAACGUCAACAAGCACCGAAGCUACAAGAGCAUUUACGGUACGGCCAAGGAGAUCAUGGCGGAGGCGCUGCCGAUCCAGUGCCUCGAGGCUGUCUUUGUCGCUGCCUACUUGACAGCGCAUGGCAUGCCCGAGUACGAAGGCAUGAACCCAAGCCAUCAGAUCGAGCGCGUCCCGAUCAGCUUCAAGUCGACGUCCGGUGGCAGCGUCUUUCGUCACAUCGUUCUCGGCGUCAAGCACCAGCACCUUUGGGGCGCGCUGGGCUUGAGUCGCAACCCUUCCCUCAUGAACAAAGAUCUCAAGUACAAGCAUUUUAGCGAGCUGCUCGCUGACUACGUCGAGAACUUUUCAAAGUGCCACCACACCGUGACCAAGAUCUACGUCGGGUUUCCAUUCAGCCACGAUAUUCACUCGUCCGAGAAGGUGCAGUGGCGGGUGCUCAAUAUCAAGAUCAGCGAGCAUCCGUGGGACGCGGUCGCCGGGCAAUUUGAUCUCUUUCUGCGCGAGUCGUCCGAGAUUAUGAGCCACCUCCAUCGUGUCGGGGAGCUCCCAGAGAGCUUUGCCGACAAGUAUCCACUACACAAGCCGCCAAAAAAAGGGUCGCACCCCCGCAGCCACCACCGAUCGAGUGAGAGCGAGGGAUUCGGGCAGCAAGACGACGGCGAAGCGUCGCCGCCCGUCACACUCGACGAGCCGAUGGCCCCCGUGGUGGACACGCGCCUUGUGCUCUUGCGCCCCGCACCGGCGAGCAUCGUCUUCAAGCGCCUCGCGUCGACGUCGACCGACUUGGUGGCGUUCCAGCCGGCCAACAUCUACCUCCACAACGAGUCGCCGUUCGUACUUCAGGUGGACGUGACCCCCGGCGCCUACCUCCUCGUUGUCGGCAAGCCACUGAUCAAGACCCAAGGCGACAUCAAGCUCGACCAGCCGUACUGCCGCUUCGUCUUGCAGCCGAGGUCGAUCGCGUCGGUGGGACUGCGCUUCGUUCUGCCAACGGCCGCAGACGAGAGCGCCAAGAAGGCGGCGCUUGGCAUGAGCUACGUCGCGUUGGACCCUGUCCAGCACAACGCCCCCGUCGUCGACGACCAAAUCGCGCAAACCACGCACCUCACCGCGUCGCUCUCGUACCCCUAUGAAUGGGACUAGCUACAAGAUGCACAUGUCGCUUCAUCGAUACCAA